ACACAGUAGCAGUGAGAAUGACGGAAUAUAAGUUAGUGGUGGUUGGUGCAGGUGGUGUGGGCAAGAGUGCUCUGACAAUCCAGCUCAUUCAGAACCACUUUGUUGAUGAAUACGACCCAACCAUUGAGGACUCAUAUAGGAAACAGGUGGUGAUUGAUGGAGAGACGUGUCUGUUGGAUAUCCUGGAUACUGCAGGUCAGGAAGAGUACAGUGCAAUGAGAGACCAGUACAUGAGGACCGGAGAGGGCUUUCUCUGUGUCUUUGCCAUCAACAAUACCAAGUCUUUUGAGGACAUUCAUCAGUACAGGGAACAGAUUAAGAGGGUUAAAGACUCAGAUGAUGUGCCGAUGGUGCUUGUGGGUAAUAAAUGUGACUUACCAGCGCGCACUGUGGACACAAGACAAGCCCAGGAACUCGCCUGUAGCUAUGGUAUACCCUACAUUGAAACCUCAGCCAAGACAAGACAGGGAGUGGAAGAUGCCUUUUACACUCUUGUCCGUGAAAUCAGGCAGCAUAAGCUGAGGAAACUGAACCCGCCAGAUGACAAUGGCCAAGGCUGUAUGAACUGCCGCUGUGUGGUGUCAUGAUCUGUGAAUGUGCAUGACGAGGCUUUUAGAGCGGUGCAGCCUUCCAGACCACAAACACUGCAACACCUACACAGAUGCUGGACGUUUAGAGCAGACUGUGUAAAAGGGAAAUCUUUAUUCUGGCAGCCCUUCGGAUGCUCCCGUCUUGCUCCUUCAUUGGAGAUGAAAUAAGUUGUACCUCAUUUUAACAGUCUCAACACUGGAGUUGCUACAACUGGAUGAAGCUGUCACCCUUAAAUAUAUUUACAUUAAACAAACUAUCUACUCUUAACUGGAAGUAAUAGCUCAGAAAAUAACCUCUCAUAUUGCUUUGUUAAAUGUGGAUGUUAGAAAAACACUUUACGAGAUGGAGAUGAGAAACACUACAUCAGUUAUAUUAGCAUACGUCUAGAUGUGAGAAAGAUUUGUUGCUUAGAGCAAGUCUAACCGAAUAAAAUUAAACAAUUCAUGGUGUUCUCUUGCAAAGAGGACUUGUAGUCAUAUGCAGUGUGUUUAUCAGAGGUUAUGGUGCAAUAGAUUGCGAUUAGAGGGUACACCGCCGAUAAGUCUUUGAUUUGCACAUGGUGUAGGACAAAAUUUUAAAGCGGAGGACUUUAUUCUUUGUUAGCUUUUGGUUUUGAAUGGCCCUCGGGGUCUUUGAAUUGUGGCUUGAUUAGAUAUCCAGAUGUGAUGCUUUUUAUUUUUCGAUAUUAGACAAAUGCAUUGCAGAUAAUUGCAUUGGCUAAAGAAGACAGAUUAAUGAAGAUCUCUUCAAAGAAUAAACAUACUUGUUGGAAAAUGAAUGCAAAGCUACUAUAAACUUAAAAGCUUGGAUUGAAAAGCCUUGUUGAUAUUCUUGCCAAGUACUGUGCCGUUCCCAUGUUCAGGGUAUAAGCUUGAAACUUUUACAUGUAUACCAUAUUGUCUAAUCUUCAACUGCAUUUUCCCCUUAUGCCUUUCUGAAGUAAAUAUUCCAUGUUUGUGUCAUUAGGGAGUGAAGAUUUAGGUUUAAAUGUGGAAUUCAAAUGAAAAAAAAACAAAAAAAAAACAGAUUGACGGUAUACCAUUACUGUAAAUUAUCAUAUGAGGGAACCUUAAGUUAUAUGUUCAUAGGCAACAUAUGGCAUUGUAAUUGCAGGGAAGAGCCACAGUCUGGACUUUCUCUUUUUUGAUUGCUUAAAAGUAGCUCAUGUCUCUUUGCAAAGUACAGAUUUUAAAUCUCAACAAAGAUCUUUCUAGUUCAUUUAGGCUACUUAAAUCAGAUUAACUAACAUGUCUUUGACUAGUAGUGAGUGUAUUCUCUUUCUGGUUGAAAUUUGAUGAUUUUUCUGUAAGGAUUCUGGUGUGUUUUAUUCCCUGACAGUCUAUUGAUUGUUCUCAAGGACAUACAUGGACGGAUAUGAUUCUCCCUUUAAAUCACAAGUCCGUAGCUAUGGAUAUGACCUUCAGGGAAUUCUGUCAGAAUGCUGUAGGCAUCCAGAUCUUUUUGAUAGAUUUACUGUCUAUGCUGCCACAGAGUAAUGUGGGUUUAUCAGGUGGCGAGAUUGCUUCCACUUAGCUACCGAAUAGUGUUUUACAUCAAUACUAUUGGUUAAUGGCCAUUUUCCGUAGGCUAACACUCUCUGACUAACAUUAUGUAAAAAAAAAAA